AUGCUGACUUCCAUCCAGCUGACCACUUUGCUUUUGUGGACAAGCGUCAGUUGCAUUGGCGCUGAGAAACUUUUCCAUAGUCAGGAUCAGAUGUUCAACUCGCAACAAGCUAAGGCCAUAACAGACAAGUACACCGCAGAGCGAUUCCUCUCCAGAUUUGGCUUCAUGAACCCAGUGAGGUGGGAGGAGAUGCAGGACCGACUAGGCUAUCAGGACGAUGACUACCUUGACGAGCUUCAAGCGACCAUCCAGGAAGGGCCCUCGGUUCCCCAUUCCAGGGAUCGUCCACAGGAUAGAGAAAGCCAAGCAUUUAUCUCAGCACUGAAAGACUUCCAGCGGCUGUCGGGCCUGCCUGUGACUGGUGUGUUCGACGACGCCACCCGAGUGGCCAUGAACAAGCCCAGGUGCGGCGUUCCCGACCAAGCGCUGUACCUGAACCCCCUGGAGGCACCCGAGGAGGCCUUAGACGUUGAAAACGGCACCGGUGUGGACACUUUUAAUGAGACUGAGCGUAACUUCACAGCCAGUGACGUGUGGUUGAGUGUUGCUAAUGAUUCCGGUUUACUCAACGUUAAUGGCACAGAAAGUGAUCUCUCUUUUGACACCAAACCAACCAUGUCAACAAACACCUCCCAGAACAGCUCCAACCCCCAACAUCCAACCCAAGCCAUGGUGCGCAGGAAACGCCACCUGGCCGCUCUGGUGUCCAAGAGCAGGCACAAGCGAGACAUGAGUGACUGGGGACACGUGGCCUUCAACAAGAACACGCUGAGGUGGAGGCUGAUAGGUGAAGGCUACAGCAGUCAGCUGUCCAUCAAGGAGCAGAGGUACAUCUUCAGGCUGGCCUUCAGGAUGUGGAGCGAGGUGUCGCCUCUUGAGUUCAUGGAGGACAACCGCUUGCCGCUGGAAGAUAUUGAUAUCAGGCUUGGCUUUGGCACAGGAAGACACCUGGGUUGCAAUCAGAGGUUUGAUGGCAUGGGUCAAGAAUUCGCCCAUGCUUGGUUCCUGGGCGACAUUCACUUUGACGACGACGAACAUUUCACUGGUCCAAACGCCGGCAGUGGAAUCAGCCUCCUUAAGGUGGCAGUCCAUGAAAUCGGACACGUUCUAGGACUGCCUCAUAUCUACAGACCUGGAUCUAUCAUGCAGCCCAGCUACUUACCCCAGGAGUUCAGCUUUGAGAUGGACUGGAUGGACAGGAAAGCGAUCCAGAACCUCUACGGGGCCUGCAAGGGCCGAUUUAGCACCGUGUUUGAUUGGAUCAGAAGAGAGAAGACCCCCUAUGGUGAGGUGGUGGUACGCUUCAACACUUACUUCAUGAGGGACAGCUGGUACUGGCUGUAUGAGAACAGGAACAACCGCACACGCUAUGGAGAUCCGGUGCCGCUGCAGAUUGGCUGGCGUGGACUCCCUGCAGAUGGAGUGGAUGCAUAUGUGCAUGUGUGGUCCCGGAAAAGAGAAGCCAUUUACUUCUUCAAGGGUACACAGUUCUGGAGGUACGACAGCGACAACAACCAGGCCUUCAGACAGGACCCAGAAGGCCACUGCUAUCCAAGGAAGAUCUCCAAAGCCUUCCCAGGAAUCUCCGGUCCGAUUGACACGGCCGUUUAUGACCGGAGGGACGCCCGGAUUUACUUCUUCAAAAACACUCUUGUGUACGCCUUUGACGUGGAGUCCAACAGCUUGGUGAGAGGCUUCCCCAAACCCUUGCGAGAUGCUUUUCCGCCAGUGUCCCCCCGUGACCAUCCUGGAGGAAGCAUUGACGCCGCCUACUUCUCCUACAGCCACAAUGCCAUCUUCCUCCUGAAGGGCACCCAUUUCUGGCAGGUGGUCAGCGGCCGCGAUCGCCGGCGACGCCCCUUCCUGCCUCGCAACGGCCUGCUGGCGCACAAGGAAGUGGACGAGCACUGGUUUGACAUCUGUAAUGUCCACCCGACUGUGCUGAAGAUGACGCGAUGA